GCUCAACUCGUAGAAUUGAUGUUACGUGAUGAACGAACAUUACAUUACACAAAGUACAAAAAUAAACAUCAAACAGUGCAGUUCAUUGUAAAGGAAUUCCCAUAUGUGCUAAAAGCUACAAAGGAAUGAUUUUGGACAACGGUGACACAAACAAGCAGUUUUUUGUUUAAUUUUAAUCGAUUCGGUAUCUGAAAACAUGGAUCGGAAAAGCAUUACCUCACGUUUUCGUAUGAUAGUUUCUAUUUUGACAAUCUUGACUGCGACUAUAUCGCAAGUGACUGGCGAUGCGGAUUUACCCGUUAAUAAUAUCCCGAUUUACAGCGAUGGAAUAUAUUUCGAGAGCCUCAAGCCGGUUAAGAUUCAAGUCAGUUUCUGGACGCUGCAAACGACUUACGAGCUGAAAGAAUUCGUCGAUGAAAUUGCCAUAGCUAAUGCUAGUGUCAAUAAGCUGAUUCAGGCAUGCCGGGACUUGAAGAGCCAAUUUCCUAGCAGUUGUGAAAGCAUAGGAAACAUCAUUGACCUUACCCAAGAGCUGAACGAUUUCCGAGAAUUGUUGGCGAGUUUCUGCGAGAAAAACAAUCGAAAGAAACGAGGAAUUCUUAAGUCUUGGUUUGGAUUGAUGGAUGGUGACGAUCGGGACGAAAUUGACGGCAACUUCAAGAAGGUUGAUGAGCAAAUUGCUACUCAAACAACAACGGUGGAGCAUUUUUUCAAUAGCACGAAUACGGCGAUUGCAGCGCUGACUGGAAACAUGUUUCAAGUCGACCCCAAGCAUCCUAAAACAAUCGAUUACAGCCGAGAAGGUCAGCUUCUGAUGAUGGAUAUCAUGCUCAACAAAAUAAUCCGUAAAAAGGAACUUUUCAUGAAGCUUUUACAAACAUCCAGCUCGAUGUCUCUCAAUGAUGAGAUAGUAAGCUCAACUCGCUUACUGAAGGAACUUCUGAAACUGCAAAAAAUCUUACCAGAAGAUUUUACUUUUCCCGUUAAAUUAAAUCUUCGCGAAGUGAUCAAAAUGUACUCGCUUUCGAAGGUUAUGGCCGUGGUGGAAGACUGCAAAAUGAAGGUUAAUAUAUUGUUACCGCUUUGCAACAAAAUCGAAUAUACGACUCUCAAGGGAACCAGUGUGCCUACAAUGCAAGAGGGUAUUCUCAAAAUGUACCCGUUGGAAAAUGAUGUAUUGGUGUACAACAAUGUCCAUCACCUUGGAAUGGUGAUGAACUAUGGCGAGUAUAAGACCUGCAAUCACUUGAAUGAUUUUGCCCUCUGUAAUAUGAACCAUUUGAUGAAGAACUUAUCGACUGCUGAUGAUUGCAUUGUAACGUCCUUUUUCAACCGGACACAUGGUGACUCAGAUUGUCGCGUCAGUCGAUUUGAGUUAAGGCAUCAGAUUUGGAUACAGCUGGCUGACGCGAACCGGUGGGUUUAUGCUGUGCCUAAUCGAACUAUGAUUGAAGUUAACUAUGGACUAUCCAAUAAAAAAAUACUUGAAAUCGGUGGUAUCGGUAUGCUAAAGUUAACUCGCAUGUGUCAUGUAAGAUCUCAGGAUAUCAUUCUUCAAUACGUACCGCAAAUGACUAGUAUCGUCGGUUCACAAACAUUAGGAUUCCAGCUACCGGCGGUAGUGACGCGUGAUCAACCGCGUAUAGUUUCAGCUAGCGAUAACAACAAAAUAAUCUUAGCUGGGGAAAACGCCGAAAAUGCCCUUCAGGAACAGACCCAUGUCUCUGGCAUAUAUUACGAACAGUCUGGGGUUUCGCUCUGGGCUGUCGGAGGUAUCAUUUGUGGAGUGUUUACUGUAACUUUCAUAGCGGUUAAGGUUUACCUGAAAAUGGUGAAUGAAAAACGAAGACAACAAGUGUUAAUGGAACGUCUCCAGCAGCAAGAAAACGCAGCGCAAAAUAGUGCUAGUGGUCAUAACGAAAGUUUUGUUUCUACAGGUUCGCCGGAUACUUCGCAGCAGGGCUUAAUCAGAGAGCCAACUGCACCCGCAUUUGCGGACGUUUUUAACAGAGUAUUUCCGAAUAGACGAUAGAGCGUUAUGUUACAACACCUAAUUCUUAAAUUAUCAGACACGAAGCAACGACUCCGGCAAAUAUAUUCCUUUUUUAAUUUUACUAUGCAUAAUUGAUUCUGGCGAUUAAAACAAAAAAGGAGAUUGAAAUUGAUACCUUUUGAGCUAAAUUAACUAAAAAGAUAUAGACAAAAAUAAUCAUAUAAAAUUACCCCAUUUGGAAAAAUAAUGUACGAUCUCAAAGGAAAAAAAAAACAACCUAUAAUUGACGUUGGCCUAUAAUACGAUAUAAUCAAACUGGCUUGAGCGAAAAUAGUGCCAUUUCUAUGUGUGCAUCUCCAGUGUAUUUUCAAAAUUUUCUCUUAUUUUUCGAAUAUGUGUACUGAUUAUUAAGUUAUAGUUUCUCAUUCAUAAGUGAUAGUUUCGCAGUGCUAGAUUUCUUUGAAUUUCAAGACAAGGCAUAAGCGGAGAAAUGUCGCAAAGAAAAAAAUACACACUGAAGUUGUAAAAACGGAAGUAAACAUUUAUUACACUAUGCAAUUAUGGCCUAGAAUUAUUCGGUCCACUAUUUUAUACUAUUUCCUGUACCAUAUUUCUGUAUUUAAACUAACCAAAAUCCAAACCAAAAUAUAGGAUAAAAAUUGCUUUGAUAUGAACAGAACUAUUCCUAACGAAGGUUGGCAAAACUGGUCAAUAGUUGUUAACAAGAAACUGUUUGGUGAUUAUAGCGUUACACUCAAGGAACAAAACAUAGACGUUUGAUCAAUGAGAAAUAUAUUUUUAGGAAUAUUUUCACUGUAAUGGGAAUGUGAUAAAUAAAAACUGAUUGCCUUUGAAUAUCAAGGACAUUUGCUCUGAAUUAUAAAGAUUAGAUCGAA